AUGAGUUUUGAUCACAGGGGCUUGGAGAGAGCCUCUGAUACCUGCUCCAGUGAGGACCUUCCUGAGGUAGAGUUGGUGAGCAUGCUAGAAGAACAGUUGCCAGAUUACAAAUUACGAGUGGACUCUUUGUAUCUGUAUGAAAAUCAAGACUGGAUUCAGUCUCCUGCCUGCCAUGGCCAUCUUCCUGACAUCACUUCUCCAGCUCAUGAUGAGGAGCCUUUCCGCUACAUGAUAAGUAUGUUUUUUCUCUUCUUGGUUCUUGGCACAGAUAAUGUGGAGCAGAAAACCUACAGUGAUGCUGACAUGGUCAAACAUCUGUUAGCUGAGAAAGAUCGGGACCUGGAACUGGCAGCUCGAAUUGGACAAGCCCUGCUUAAGCGAAACCAUCGGUUGACAGAACAGAAUGAAGCACUAGAAGAACAGUUAGGACAAACUCUAGAUCGGGUUAACCAGCUGCAGCAUGAACUGUCAAAGAAAGAUGACCUGCUUCGUAUUGUUUCAAUUGCUUCUGAGGAGAGUGAAGCAGAUUCCAGCUGUUCCACACCACUUCGUUUCAAUGAGUCUUUCAGUGUUUCACAUGAUCUGUUACAGUUGGAUGUCUUGCAUGAUAAACUCAGGGAGCUGGAAGAGGAGAACUUUGCCCUCCGAUCGAAGGCUUGCCAUCUGAAGACAGAAACCAUUACAUAUGAGGAGAAGGAACAGCAGCUAGUCAAUGACUGUGUCAAAGAGCUCCGGCAAACAAAUGCUCAAAUUUCCAGAAUAACAGAGGAGUUGUCAGAGAAGAGUGAGGAGUUGGUUCGGUACCAGGAAGAGAUCUCAUCCCUCUUGUCUCAGAUUGUCGAUCUUCAACAUAAACUCAAAGAACAUGUGAUUGAAAAGGAAGAGCUGAAACUUCACUUACAAGCUUCCAAAGAUGCUCAGAGACAACUGACAACAGAGCUACAUGAGUUGCAAGAUCGGAAUGCAGAGUGUCUAGGGAUGUUGCAGGAAUCACAAGAAGAAGUGAAGUUGCUGCGCAGCAGAGCCAGCUCUGUUGCUUGUUUCUGCCACCCCCAGUCAUGUGGAGCAUUUCCUGUGGAUUCCCUUGCAGCAGAAAUUGAAGGGACAAUGCGGAAGGAAUUGAGUCAGGGUGAUGAAUCUGUUCUCUCCAAGCAAAAGGGUCAACAGAAACGAGUAUUUGACACUGUCAAGGUUGCUAAUGUCACUCGUGGCCGCUCCUCUUCCUUUCCUAUCCCGUUGCCAAUCCCUGGAUCUAAUCGGUCAAGUGUUGUUAUGACUGCAAAGCCCUUCCAGUCUGGUGUACACCAGUUGGAGAGCCACACACAGAUGACCCAGAGGAGCAGCUCCGAGAAGAAUUUGAAAGACACUCAUAAUCCUGGCCAGCCAGGAACCCCUGGAGACAAUGAGUUAGUCACAGCUCUGCACAGGCUCUCCCUUCGUCGUCAGAACUACCUGAGUGAGAAGCAGUUCUUUGAGGAGGAAUGGGAGCGAAAAAUGCAUCUGCUGGCUGAGCAGGAAGAAGGGGCUAGUGGCUGUAGCACACUGACAGAAAACUGUUUUUCCCUGGCUACAAACUCAGAAUUCACUGAUCUCUCUGCCAGCUCUAGUAAUCUCCGUGUCCUCCUACCAGAAAAAUUGCAAAUUGUUAAACCCAUUGAAGGAUCUCAGACCCUUUUUCACUGGCAGCAGCUUGCUCAGCCCAACCUAGGCACCAUUCUUGACCCAAGACCAGGUGUUGUUACAAAAGGUUUUAUCCCUUUGUCUCAUGAUACUGUGUACCACAUCUCUGAUUUGGAGGAGGAUGAUGGGGAAGAAGGUGAAGGAGGUAUAACAUUUCAAGUGCAACAGUCCUUCCCAGAGGAGAAGAAAUGUACAGUGGCAAAGCCAGUGGCAGGGAUUUUCUUGCCACCUAUUACUUCAGCAGCAGUACCACUCACUGCCUCAAAUCCAGGGAAGUGUCUGUCUUCCACAAAUUCCACGUUUACCUUUACUACCUGUAGGAUCCUUCACCCAUCUGAUGUCAUUCAAGUUACUCCCAGCUCCAUGGGUGCCCCAUUUUCACUGGGAAAUACUGGCAGCAGUAUUGGAAACCCAGUAGUGAGCACUCCAGCCAUGUCUUGCAGGCUUAGUAUUGGAGAAUUUCUCACCAACAGAAGAGAUUCAACUACUACCUUCAGCAGCACGAGCAGUCUGGCUGAACUUUUGCAUGAACGAGGCAUCUCUGCCAAGGUUUACAAUAGCCCCGUAUUAGAAAAGCUGCCUUUGCUACAGCCCCCUCGAACUCUCCCCAUUCCUUCUACUCCACCAAACUCUCCCUCGCAUUCACCUUGUCCUUCACCUCCACCAUUUGAGCCUCGAGUGCAUCACUCAGACAAUUUCCUGGCUUCUCGACCAGCAGAAACAUUUUUGCAAGAAAUGUAUGGCCUAAAGCCCUCCCGUAAUGUUCCAGACGCAGGGCAGCUGAAGAUGAACCUAGUGGACAGACUGAAGAGGCUGGGUAUUGCCAGGGUGAUCAAGGCCCCUGAGACACAGGGGCCAGAGGUUAGCUUGCGGAGGCAGGACUCGGCUGUGUUUUUAAAUGCAGGUGGCAACUUAAUGGCAGGGCUGAGAAGAAACCAGAGUCUUCCAGCCAUGAUUGGAGCAUUGGGAGCUCCAGUUUGCACACAGCCAUCAAAAAUGGAUAUCCUGCAGGAGGACUGA